CUCACCUGAUCUGCCUUGCAGGCAUUUUGAUUCAUACGAAGCGCUCGAACAGCAACAAACGGACGCCGUACUACGUGGCCAGGUUUUCUUAGCUUACUAUCAUCCAUCGCGAUCCCAGUGGUCCGCCAGACUCUUCAUAAUCGCAUUCCGUCCUUAUUCCGAAGGCCCUACGAGUCAGCAAGUUUAUCAAGCGAUAACAAGGGAGUUCUAUCUUGUCUUAUCCAUACCACGAUGGCCAUGAACAACUUAAAGCACUCAUUACCACCGCUCCCCCCCAUCCAAGGAGAGCUCAUGCUUGAUGUAUAUACGCAUCGGUCUAUGCUGAGUAAAGACAUCGACGAGAAUACAGUGCAUGGAAAUACCGAGCGAUUGGCUGAGCUAGGUAGCUCGGUGCUCAGUAUGCUCGUCGUGUACACGCUGUACUCAGAGAAACCGAUGCUUCCCGCCCAUGAUCUCAAAAUGCGCCAAGCUGACAUGCUAAGCGACAAGAACAUCGGAGACUGGCUCUCUCUUUACGGAUUAAAGGCUAAAAUUCGUUGUACAGACAGGAGUGUACUUGACAAGCCUGAAGAAGCUCGUUUCCUCUUCAAUUCUUACGUCGGUGCCGUUUGCACCCAGAAGGGACUGCAAGAAGUCAUGAACUGGAUCGGACGCCUUGUCAACCCUUCCUCGGAACCUCCAGCAGCCCCAGGAGAAUCAUCCAACAACCAGCCCGCUGCAACGCCGCCUCCACCUCCUCCAACGUACUAUUCUCAGCCCCUACCCCUACCUCCGCCCCCGCCAAGCACUGCACCUCCUCCGAUGCCAUCGAUGCCGCCACCUGCGCCCUCUCAGGGUGUACUUGCAAUAUUCAAUCAGACGUGUAUGCAAAGAGGACUUACAGUAGAGUGGAAACCGGAGAUGACGGGGCCACCGCACAACCCGAGGUGGGAAGUGAAGUGUAUUGUGAGUGGACAACAUCGUGGAACCGGGGCAGGUAGAAAUCAGAAGCAGGCAAAGGAGCAAGCAGCGACAGAGGCGUAUCAGUACAUGCAGGCUACAGGCUGGGGCCUCCUCUAGCAACAGGAGCCCACUAAGAGACAGCAUUCGGACUUAUAUCAACGGAAUGUAUCGGUAUAUCAUCUGAGUCUUCUGUAUUCGUAUAAUUUUCUACCCAACUGUCUCUUCUUCUUUUCAAAGCCUCCUUCAUUCCAUCUGGUUUCCGCUAGUUGGGCAGUUAUCUUGAUAUCGGUUUGGAUACCAGAGUCACUACUACAAAGUACUGUCGGAUAAGUUCAAUACAUUUUUGUUCUGAAUAACAUUAUUUGUGAUA